AUGGACCCAAUUUAUAUAGAAUAUUCCGAAACAGACCCUGAUAAAAAAUUCAACAGAUCAGCACAGAAUACAGAGAUACCCAUACAAAUGCUGGAGGUGGAUGUUAGAGAUAACCAUGCCACAGGAACCAGGGAAUAUGAAGAAGGGUUUCACAAGCAAGAUUACCAUACCUCUACCUUGCUUUCCAAACCUUCGGAUAGUGAAUUAUGGGAAGGUAACAUCUCUCAUGCCCGUGGGAGAUAUAGAGAAAAUACAGUCAUGUCUCUUUCCAAGAAGGUAAUGAUCUCACAACAUCAAGAGAAUUUAAAGCAGUCAGACAGAAAUAAUAUGGGUGUAACAGAGACUGUUUGGGGGUCGGAUGAUAGCAAGAAGGAUUGUGUUAUGUCGAAUAUGGAAGGAGUUUCUGCAAAAAGCAAUUGGCUGCUGAAUGCACCAAGCCAAGAUUUCACCCAAGGAAGGAUACAGAAAGUGGAUGUGAAAAAUAAAGAAUUGGGAGAUGUUAUAGAUGCAUCCAUAUGUGAAAAUGUGUGUUUGGAGAAGGUGCUUAAGAAAGUGGAUAAAAAGAGCAACAAUGUAAUCCUAUACAGGAUGGAGGAAGAUGAGUCCAAGAGAUGGAGUGGAAUUGAUGACCUUGUAAAAGAUACACUGCCUGGGAAUUCGAUGGCGUCUUUGAAACUCAACACAGAGGUAGAGGAGGUUGGUAUAGAAGGUAGAAGACUGAGGAAAAUAAAACUUUAUAGAAGGGCUGUCAGCGAAAACCUAAUCUCCUAUCUCCAAGGAAAUAUUAGGAGGUUGGAGCGCUCUGUUUCAGAAACCAGUGUGGAAAACAGACAAGUGAUUAAAAUGAAGUUGCAGGGGGAAUUAGGUAAUUUUCAAGGUACCGAAGGCUUGAUCAAAAUGGAAAAGGAAACGGUAAGUAGGGUACACCAGGAUGCUACAGCAUGUGCAAGUGAGCAAUUGACACUGUUUGGUGGCCUCAAAGGAGAAGGUACUUGCUUGAGAAAUGGGCAAACCAGAGAAACUGAGAACAGCAAUAUGGAACAUGUUGGUGAAAUCGUAUUUGUGUCUCACCAAAAGUUAGAAAGUGUAAUUCAUGCAGAAAACAGUAAAGACAGAGAUCAUUCUGCAGGAUUUCUGAGGAAGGAUGUCAGUUCUGGUGGAGUUAAUGAGGAGGAGACAAUAUGGGAAGCAAAACCUCUUGAGACUAUAUCAGAAACUAUAGCAGUCCCACCUACAGAUCAUUGUGCAGAGAGUGACAAAAGGGUCUGCUUGGAGGGAUUAAAAUCUCAAGUAAAUCUAUCUGCCCUAGUGAACACCAACCAGGAAGAAGAGAAGACCCUUUCAGUGGCAGAUGUAAGAAGAGCUUUUGAAACCACAAAAUCCUUAAAGAGCAAAGCAACACAAAGCAAAUUCAAAAAAGGUAAGGAAUGUCUAUCUACGUACAUACCAGCCAGAGAGCAAUACUUACUAGAUUAUGACCACCAGCUUGUUAAAUGCAAAGCCACUGCCGCAGAUGGAUUACUGUAG